AUGAAACCUUCUUUAAUACGACUUGUUAGACCCCGCAGACCGGAAAGGAAUACUGAAGCCCUACUUCCACCCCUUCAACUUUAUAGAGCUAUUUUAAGAGCUCAUAUUCAUAAGUUGCCGGCUCCAUUAAGAUCACUAGGUGAUCAAUAUGUUAAGGCAGAGUUUAAGGCUCAUAAGAGUGCCGAUAAUCCUUUACAUAUAGUCGGGUUUUUAGCUCAAUGGCAAGAUUACUUGAGAAAUAUCGACGGAGGCAGCUGGAUGAAUGGUAAGUUGAAGCAACAAGAGCUCGACAAGAUGUCACCAGACCAAAUAGGACAACUUUAUGAGCUAAUGCAAGAGGCGCAAAGAAUAGGAAAGGAAGAUGCCUAG